AUGAAAUACAGUCCGAGCAAAACGCUGGAGCGUCGUGCCCAUACUCAGUCGUCGCCGUCAACUUGUGGGAGGUCUGCAGCAAUGCUGUUCAAAGUGCAAUACAAAGGGAAGAAGAAGUACAUCAAACUAAAUGGAGCCUCACACUCGGACUUUCUCAAGGAGGCUAAAAUGAAGUUCAGUAUACCCACUGAAAAAGAUACAUAUGUGCUGGAUGACACUGGAACAGAGGUCGAUGAAGAGGUCUUCAGUGACAUUCUGGAGGAAAAAACCGACAUCCUGUGGACCAUUGUUGACACUCUUUCAGUUACUGGUGACUCGUCUGCAUCUUCAUGCACAGACACCUUGUCACUAUCAUCACGCUCAUCAGAGAGUGAUACUUUUCUGAUGUCUCCAAAAAGACAUUACGUUGAUGACAUCUUUCUGACGUCUCCAAAAAGACCAUGCAUUGAUGAUGGCAUUCCAAAGUCCCAAAAAAGUCAGCAUAUUGAUGACAGUUCUUCACAGGCCAAAGAGCCUGGAGGGGAGAAAAUACUUAAAGAAUAUGCAACAAAAGGAGAGAUGAAGGAUCGAACACGCCGUGAACUUGUCAACAUUGUUGUCGCUGAUAUGUUGGAAAAGUAUGGAAGAGCUCCGCCAAAGGACAAAAGAACACAAUAUGCAUUGGGGAUUGUGACACUGUUCCCUUCUCUAAAAGAUCCCUACUCGAAAAUGGGCUAUGAGCAUUUCUAUGAUGCAGAUAGCAACGAGGGCUACAUUGCCUGGAAGCUCAAAAACACACAGCGAGAACUCAGCGGCGGCAGUAACAGUGGAGUUCGGAGAAGGAGCUCUCAAACUUCAGACAGCAGUGGACCGGAGUUGGAGAGGGAAGUAACUAAAGAGCAACAGCUGGAGGGAGACCAAUGCUGCGAGGCCGUAUCUCUACUGAAACACAGCACAGACAAAGAACAGAUCUUGAUAAAAAUGAGAGCAACCUUCCAACACAGACAAAAGUUGAUCCAUGAUCCUGAGCGAUGCAGCACAGUGCUUACAGUUUUCCCAAGAUUCCUUGACACAAAAGGCCUUGUUCUACAGGACUUUGAGCUGUUGUUUGGAGCACAGACUUCAUCAAAAUUCUUGGAGAAGUGGGGAACACUCCUGAAGGCGAAAGUAAUCGAGCAAGCCAAAAACCUCAGUAAGACACCCCAGCUUGACUAUCUCAUUCAGUCUGCAGACGAGAACCCUGAUGAGGAUGACGAGGUCCCAUGUUGGGAUAGUGACAUGGCCUCAAUCCUCCUGCUGGUCUACCUCCUGCCACCAAGUGGAAAGAAGGGAGCCGUGAAGAUCAGUAUCCGGGAAGCUGUGGAUCAUGUAGUGAAGUUUCAUAAGGCGGGUCGCAGCCUUCAGGAGCACUCUGGUCCAGCCCAGCGGAAGCAGCCCUACAUCCUGGCCGUUGGCAUGACAAGAAACAACAUCCAUGAAUACUACAUUGCAAUGGAUGGUGAGCUCCUUCCCUGCAAGGCCAAGUCUUCCCUGUCAGCCUUUGAUGAACUUUUCAAGACACAUUAUGUGUUUGGCAUCUCCUAUGACCAGGCCCUAAACAGCAUGUACACAUUUGUGCAAACCACCAUCUACAAUAUCGAUGUAGGGCUUUCUCAUGAAACUCCCAGAGUCAAGGACCUUAGGGCAAAGCUCCUCAACUGAAGUUGUGAUGUACAAAU